AUCCUGGUGGUGGCCAGAUCUUCUAAAAACACUGCUCGCGCGGAUGGACGCAGUUACUAGACGCCCUCGGCUCGUGGCGUGCAGGUUGUUUUGCGUCAUCACGGAAGCUACCAUUUGUUUUCUGUCACGCUCGACUUUCAGACCUUCAUCCUGCGCUUUUUCUUUGCGGGUGAAUUCGCUUCCAUUGUACUUAGGUCUAAAAACUCUACAGUGUGAGCGUUUAAACGGAAAUGUAUGCUGGAUGAAAUCAAGGAACGACUCGCACUCGUCGACAAAACCCAGAUGUUGAAUUCGGCGACCGAAUACAAUCAGAAUUUCCGUGAGGGUCUCGCGCAAUGUGUGACGUCAAUUAAGAGGUGUUGCAGUCCCAACCCCCCCGUCCGCAGGUUCAGAUGGACACGUCCAAAUUGGUCUCUAUCAAGGAGGCAACUUCAGUUCAGACACUGGAAGCGUCAGAAGAUCAAAAACACCAGGACAUCUGCCAGCAGUUUGGGUUCAUCCGCAGAGUAAAAGGAGAUGGGAAUUGUUUUUACAGGGCUCUCUGCUUUACACUUGUAGAAAGUUUACUGUACAGCGAACACACGCACCCUAUAGAAAGAUUCAGGGAGAAGCUAAUGAGAAGUCAGGAAGUGCUGCUCUCAGCUGGCUUUGAUGAAGGUGCAUUUGAAGGUUUACUCAACGCAUUUAACAGAGUACUGGAUCGACUCGAAACAGAUGCCUGUGAAGAAACGCUGUUAGACCUAUUUAAUGACCAGGAUACCUCCGACUGCAUGGUGCAGUAUCUGAGGCUGCUCACUUCUGCACACCUACAAUGCCGAGCAGAUUUUUUCCAAAACUUUGUGGAGGCCCCAAAUUUUAAAGUUUACUGUACUCAGGAAGUGGAAGCCAUGUCAAUGGAAUGUGAUCAUGUGGAGAUCCUGGCGUUAUCUGAGGAGUUGGAUGUUAGUUUGUGUAUUAUAUCCAUGGAGGGGAGUGAUGGCCAUCUUACGUACCACACCAUUCCUGAGGGAUCUCAACCGUUCUUGUAUCUUCUUUACAAGACGUCUCAUUAUGACAUUCUUUACAAGCACAGAGAUCACUGGAAAUAAUGCUUGGACCCAACAGGCUGGAACAAUUUAUGGAUGACCAACAUUUUGCACAAGCCAAUGUUUUUUUUUUAAAUCAUGUAAAUGGCCAAAAAUAAUCUUUACACUUUUCUGUUAAGGUUGACAAAUGUAAUAGGAAAAUGCAUAGACAGUUCAUGUAUCUUGCCAUUUUGUAUAAAAGAAUUACAUCAACCUUUACAUUAAAAUAUGACUAGAUCUGC